UACAAGCCCAUUGAAGCUUUGGAGGUCUCCGCGGAAACCACAGCCCAAGGUUUAAUGUAAAAUUAUGAGCCAGUACGGAGGCAGCUUACGGUUAAGACAUGAGCGACGGCGCCUCCUAUUCAUUCUUAGACCCCUUAGAGAGGGUGGAUGCUGGAUCACAAUUCACAGGCGAUAUAAAAUGCGGAAAGUGCGCUGUGGAAAAGACACCAAGUCACCUUUCAGCAUCGAGUCGUCCGCUGGCUUCUACUUCAUCAACGGUCGGGAUUUUCGCAGUCAUGGUGCCAGCAUAUCUUCUUUUUCUCGCCAAUCUGCUACUUCCCGUAUAUGUCUCGGCCACUUGCAGUAUAUCCUCUGCUACGCCAGUCGACAUCUCCGACACAUCUUCAAACAGCGGCGGUUCCGGCUCCGUCUGCGACAGCAAUGAUAUCUGCGAUGGCCUGAUCAACCACGGGCUAUUCAACGCGGGUGGAUACAUCAAACGCUCCGCCAUCGACAUACCCAAGCGCGAUACCCCUCUCGUGUGCGACGGCGGACAGACCUGUAUUCAAUUCUACAGCUCCGCGUCUGGUUCCAGCUCCGACCAGCUGAUCAUCUGCAUCGAUCUGAAUACCGGUGACUUCUUGGACGAGGCUGGCGAACGUGGCAACUUGCUCACUGGCGUGUAUACAAACACGGAUGGGCAGGUGGUUACGUUGGGAGUGUCGGCGACAGAAGGCACAGCGACAACAACGGCAAGAGUUUCAAAGGGGACAUCAGCUGGGAGUGGGACUGCGGCAGCUACCGGGGCAGGUGGGCAAGGGGUGCAAUCGACGCCGGGUAUCGGAGCGAACGUCGCUGUCAAAGGAUUGGUUAAGUCGCUAGGAGGUAUUUGCGGUCUUCUCUUAGGAGCAUGGAUCUGGUGAGAAGUUUAUCCAGCUGGUAGCGGUUACUAUAAUGGAACGACCGUGUCAGCCUCGGCCAAUGCUCUGGGACGGUACUAUGUUUGCAAACAUUGAUUCUGAUUUCUGGCAGAGUACGGAGU